GAGGUCGAGGUCAACAAAACCAAGAUCAGCACGCCCAACUUUCACUUUCCCUGAAACUGCCCUCUCUUUUCCAAACUCUUCCUGUUUUGUUUCCUGUUUGUCUGCCCUUUUGCGUUCCUAACGUACACGAGAAUUUCAUUUGGGAUUUCUUUUCGAUACGAUCGUUUUUUCCCCCGCCGUAUUUGGGCAACGAUAUUGGCGUCGACUGACGACAACCCAUCUUUCCGCCCCAUCACGAGCCGAAAACGAGCUGGACUGAGCGCCACGCACGAAAACUGAGCAGCAUCUGGGAAGUGGAGCCCUGAGAACACACACACACACACAAACACACACAACAGCCAUAAUCAUGGCACCAACAGCGCUCCUCGCCGACGCCGCCGUCUACGCCCGCUCGGCGGCCCUCGCGGCGGCGCCCCUCGUCGCGCGGCACGCGGUCCUCUCGCGGCGGCGCGAGGGCGGCCCGCUGGCGGUGACGGACACGCAAAAGAUCACGCUCGGCAUCAUCGCGGCCUACGCGGUCGGCAUCGGCAUCGUGUGGAACAUACCCUACGUGCGCCGGAUCCUGUGGCCGUGGGCCAUGAUGACCAUCGCCUUCCACGAGUUCGGCCACGCCCUCGCCGCCUGCUGCACCGGCGGCCGCGUCGAGAGCAUCAAGCUGGACCCGCGCGAGGGCGGCGUCACCAUGAUGCGCGGCGGCAUCAGCGCCCUCACCCUGCCGGCCGGCUACCUGGGCUCGUCGCUCAUCGGCGCCCUGCUCAUCUUUUGCGGCUUCGACAUCAUCGCGAGCAAGGUGGCCAGCUUCGUGCUCGCGCCCUGCUUCCUGCUCACGCUGUGGUGGGGCAAGAAGGACUGGCUGACCAUCCUCACCAUCCUGUUCGCCGUCGGCCUGAUCGUUGCCUGUUGGUUCAUCGCCCACGGCCAGGCCCUGCGCUUCUACGUCCUCUUCAUGGGUGUCAUGUCUUCGCUCUACAGCGUGUGGGAUAUUUGCGACGACUUGAUUCUUAGAAAAGUAAACGAGUCCGACGCCAGCCAGUUCGCCAAGCGCUACGGCGGCUCCUCCCAGUGCUGGGGUGUCCUCUGGUCUAUCAUCUCCCUCAUCUUCAUGGCCGCCGGGAUAGUGGCCGGCAUCGCGGCCUUCCCCAAGUCGUUCCAAGAGCAGAACGACAGCUCGAGGAACUUCCUGCCCACGAUAUAAGAGCAGGGCCAUGAGCCACCCUCCAGUCGGCGCGUUUUGUUUUGUUGCGGCCCCACGUAUAGGGCUCCAGGAGCAUAUUGCAAGAUAAUUGAUUUUUAGCAAGUUAUAUUGUGUGAUUUGUUCCUAUGCUCUUUCUACCCUAUCGGGGUGAAGUCGGUUUUCAGCAGUUUUUGGACCCGUUUAUGACCCAUGACGGGAGCACUUUCUAGCAUAUGCAGAUAUCCGAGGCUUUCCGUGGAUGGCGUUUUCGGUUUUGGGACAAGGCAGCAUUGUGUGGAUAGGAUGGCUUGGCUUUGAGGAGCUCGCGAUUUUAACGACUGAUAUUUCCCUACGUGAUGA